CUUCAUAAAUCACAUCCUCUGUCUGCGUCACCAUCCAUCAGCUAAGGGGGGAGCAGUGGGAAUCAGGGAACUACAGCCUUUAGCACGAGCGAGCAGCUGGCAACUUAAACACCCAGCUCAUCCCCAAGGGGCGGACCUACUUUGGGGAGGACCUUCAGUAACCACACCUACUUCUAUUUCCUGGAUAUAUUUUUUGGAUUUGAGACAGGUGGAACUUCAGGACAAAACCAUAAAGAAUCAGUACAACUCAAGCCACUGUGGUCUGACCGCCCGCGUCCUCGCCUCGGAGGGCCUGAGUCACCACGCUGUGCGUCACCUCUGCUCGGCGACCUGCAAGCUCACCCUGAGUCAGCGGCCGGACGCGUCUACUGAGCGCAUGGCGAGGGGGCGCAGAGCGCCGCAGCGGGCAGUGGGGAGCUAGGUCAGCGUGGGACACCGGGGCUCCGGUCGAAUGACGCGGGGGCCAGUAGGAUCACAGUGUGGGCCGAGCCACUCGGUCCGGGCAAGCGCAGAGCCGUCUCCCCCUGCAGCCGCGCGAUGGUACAGCCCGGCCGGGUAAAGAGGCCGGGCGGCGCUGGCAGCUAAGGAAGAGGUAUGGGGCUACGCGCGGGUGGAGCGCUCCGGAGGGCGGGUGCGGGGCCCGGGGCGCCCGAGGGACAGGGACUCGGUGGCGCCCAGGGCAGCAGCAUCCACUCGGGCUGCAUCGCCACGGUGCACAACGUGCCAAUCGCCGUGCUCAUCCGGCCGCUGCAGUCCGUGCUGGACCCAGCCAAAGUGCAGAGCCUGGUGGACACGAUCCUGGAGGACCCUGACAGUGUACCCCCCAUCGACGUCCUCUGGAUCAAAGGGGCCCAGGGCGGUGACUACUACUACUCCUUUGGGGGCUGCCACCGCUUCGCAGCCUACCAGCAGCUACAGAGAGAGACCAUUCCCGCCAAGCUCGUGAGGUCCACCCUUUCAGACCUGAGGAUGUACCUUGGAGCAUCCACACCAGACUUGCAGUAGCAACCUCCUGAUAACCCCUACCCCCUCCACAUCAGCACCACUUCCCGGCGCUCGGAAGAUACAUGCAGCCCCCAGCGGGCAGAAGCUGUAGAAGGAAUAUGUUCUUUUUAUACUUAAGGAGGGAGGUCUGCCUCUUGGUACCUCUGCCGUAGCUCCCAGGAAUGAGGGGACUCAGUUCUUCCGUCUAUGAAAAGAUACCAUGGUCUUGACUCUGAAGGAGUACCAGGAGGAAGAAGUGAGAAAGGAAAUGGACUUGGAGACAAGGACUUUCAUUUUAACCUUUAGGAUAUCACUACAUGAACUAGGUACUAGGAAGUAAAGGAAGACCUAGGUCACCAUGGCUUAAGUGACAGACACUUUGUUAUCCCCGUAGCCUGAAUCCUAGACCAGGUGGCUAACACAGUAUUCUAUCUAACACAGUAUUGUGUCAACAGCUCAGUGAAGGCAGGGCUUCCUCUCGGGAGUCCUUUGGCCUUGUCCUCGUUGCUCCUUACUUCAUAGUUACAAGAUGGUUGCAGUGUUUCUAGGAAUCAUGUCUGUGCUCAGGGAAGAAACCCACUGGACCAACUUCUGUCAGAAAGGAAAGCCUUGUCCAGUUUCAGGAGCCUGUUCUUUGCUUAUUUGCACGUAGUCACCUUGGUCUGAGCUAGUUACCAUUGCCACCCACGGCUGCAAAGAAAGCAGACAUUAGGAAAUGCUGUCAAGAGCUGAGUGUGAUUGCCUUGUUCAUCCCCUGGAACUGGCACUAUGUCUCCUGCAAUACAGUUGGCAUCCCUUUAGCGAGAGAGGGAGAUGUUAGCCUUUGCUAUAAGACAAGCCGUCCCCAAACUCGACAGCUAAACAAGUAUUCAUUUACCCAUGAUUCUAUGGGUUAACAAAGUUCCUUUGAGCAGCUCUUCUGCUGUGGCCUGGUCCUGCUUAUGAGCCCAUAGUCAAUUGUCACCUCAGCUGGGACUGGUGGGACUAGGAUCACCUUAGCCAUUGUGGCAAAUGUUGGCUGCACUGGCUUGGUUAUCCUUGUGGCCUCUCUCUUGGGUUAGCUCAGGCUUAUUCUCAAAAUGGCCUCAGGGUUCCAAGAGAGAGUAGUAGUGACUAAACAGGGCCUGGAGCGUGGCUCAGCUGUUAGGAGCAACAACGUGGUGAUUCACAAUACUGUCAUCCCGUUCUAGAUGACCUGAUAGCCUCUGUAAGCACAGACAUAUACCUUCUAGCAAAGCACCCAAUUACGUUUAUUUUAUUUUAUUUUUUGAGAUACAGGAUUUUUCUGUGUAACUCUGGCUGUCCUGGAAACUCACUCUGCAGUACCAGGCUAGCCUUGAACUCACAGAGAUCUCUCUCUCCUGCCUCCCGAGUGCACUACUAUCACCCAGGUACAUGUUUUUUUAAGGUGACAAGGUUUCUUCGGCCCCAGUGCCCAGGACUAUGUCUCUGCUAGUCAGUUCAUUCCUUAGAUUCAAGGGGUGCAAACGGACCCAGCUCUCACCAAGAGGGACUAUAAGGAACACGGGGCUAUCGUUCAUCACAGAUGAAUCUUGGUGGGCAUGAGACAGAGUUCCUCACUCCCACACAUAAGCACUCCCUUUCAUAAGUUUAAUCACAAGCACACAAAGGGCCUUGCCAAGUCAGCCUUUAAGUAUCAUUUCUCAAAACCUAGAAGUCAUGGCACAGUGUCUUCAAGAGCUGGGUACCCCACACCCAAGGAUGACUCACAAGCAGAAUGAGGUGGGUCAUAGGGCACUCAGAAGGCCUUCUGUAAACCAAGAGUCCAGGAGGCAAUGGCAGCAGCAGUGAGGUGGCAGUUGCUAGACCUUAGUCACUUGUCAUUUUCAAGCCUCUGUUUUCCCAGCUCAAUGGUGAGAACACCAGCUUCCCCACCCACCGAGUGUCCCAGAAAAUGAAAUUGAAAGGGAUUAAGAUGCAUCACGGUGCUGGAGUGAUUCUUAGGACCAAAAAGAGACUAAGGAGAGAAAUCAACCAGGACUCAUUCGGUCUGGGUUUUAGUUACCUUCCAGUUUGGGUAAACAUAUCUGUGGGAUGGGCUGGAUGAAGAAUGUAUGGGAACUCUUUAGUCUCUGCAAAUUUUCUGUGAAUCUGAAGUCAUUCUAAAAUAAAAGUUUAUUUAAUUAAAACACA